AUGGCUCAACUGCUGAACAGCAUUCUCACUGUGAUUGAGGUGUUCCAGAAACAUGCUAAAGAGAAUGGGAAGUGUACCUCACUGUGCAAGAAGGAGUUGAAGCAGCUGCUCUUGGUUGAGUUUGGAGACAUCCUCCGGAGACCAAAUGACCCAGAGACUGUGGAAACCAUCCUGAGCCUCUUGGAUAAAGACAGAAAUGGACAUGUUGAUUUUCAUGAAUAUCUCUUGUUGGUGUUUCAAUUGGCCCAAGCCUGCUAUCAUAAACUAAAUAAUAGGUCAUGUGGAGAUAGAAUCUCUCAGCAAGAAGGGGAGCAGGAGGGAACACAAGACCAUAAGUUCCCAGAAAAUACAGGCAGACAACACAGGCAGAGGCAUGAGGAAGAAAGGCAGGACUCCCAUUGCACUCAGUCCGAGAGACAAAACCAGGAUGUACACCAGGAUCAGUCUGAGAGACAGGGUAGGGACUCCUGCUAUGGUCAGGCUGAGAGACAGGAUAUGGACUCCCAUUGUGGUCAGUCUGAGAGACAGGAUAGGGACUCCCACUAUGGUCAGUCUGAGAGACAUGUUAGGGACCCCCACUAUGGUCAGUCUGAGAGACAGGAUAGGGACUCCCACUAUGGUCAGUCUGAGAGACAGGAUACAGACUCCCACUAUGGUCAAAGAUGGAGUCAUAAAUCUAGCAGUAGCCAGCCUAAAAAACAAGGAUAUAUCGUUGCCUUAAAUCAAUGUGAGAGACAAAUUCACAAUUCUUGUUAUGGCCAGACAAACCAACACUCUAGCCAGACAGACAGACAAGGCCAGAGUUCCCACUAUGGCCAGACAGUCAGACAAGGCCAGAAUUCCCACUAUGGUCACACAGACAGACAAGGCCAGAGCUCCCGCUAUGGCCAAACAGACAGACAAGGCCAGAAUUCCCACUAUGGUCAGACAGACAGACAAGGCCAGAAUUCCCGCUAUGGUCAGACAGACAGACAAGGCCAGAGUUCUCACUAUGGCCAGACAGACAGAGCAGGCCAGAGUUCCCACUAUGACCAGUCAGACAGACAAGGACAGAGUUCCCACUAUGGCCAGACAGACAGACAAGGCCAGAAUUCCCACUAUGACCAGACAGACAGACAAGGCCAGAAUUCCCGCCAUGGUCAGACAGACAGACAAGGCCAGAGUUCUCACUAUGGCCAGACAGACAGAGCAGGCCAGAGUUCUCACUAUGGCCAGACAGACAGACAAGGCCAGAGUUAUCAUUAUGGCCAGACAGACAGACAAGGCCAGAAUUCCCGCUAUGGUCAGACAGACAGAGCAGGCCAGAGUUCCCACUAUGACCAGUCAGACAGACAAGGCCAGAGUUCCCGCUAUGGCCAGACAGACAGACAAGGCCAGAAUUCCCACUAUGACCAGACAGACAGACAAGGCCAGAAUUCCCGCUAUGGUCAGACAGACAGACAAGGCCAGAGUUCUCACUAUGGCCAGACAGACAGAGCAGACCAGAGUUCUCACUAUGGCCAGACAGACAGACAAGACCAGAGUUAUCAUUAUGGCCAGACAGACAGACAAGGCCAGAAUUCCCGCUAUGGUCAGACAGACAGACAAGGCCAGAGUUCUCACUAUGGCCAGACAGACAGAGCAGGCCAGAGUUAUCAUUAUGGCCAGACAGACAGACAAGGCAUGAGCUCUCAUUAUGGACAGACAAAUAGAGAAUGCCAGGGCUAUUGUUCUGGCCAGACAGACAGAGAAGGCCACAGUAAUUGUUAUGGUCAGACAGAUAGACAAGGCCUGAGUUCUCACCAUGGUCAGUCAGAGACUGGGAAGAUAGGGCAAAAUAGUUACCUUCAAGGGAGGGAAGAAAUAAGCAGAGACUCGUAUGUUGAGCAACCAGGAAGUUCAGGGAGACUAAGUCAACAGACUCAAGGACAAGAAGUGGCUCGAAAUCAGGGACAGAGAUUUCAGUCUAGGGAAGGGCAGCAGAACAGCCACCAGGCAUGGGAGCCCGAGGAGGAUAACCAACACCACCAACACAAACUCAUAGCACAAAUCAAGCAAGAAGUGCCACACGGUUAUAAAGUAGGUGAAUGGCAAUCAUGUAGUGGUGAGCAGGGCCACAGACAGACACAGGCCAGGCAUGAAGAGAGGCAGAGCCACCAGGCAGAAGGAGAGCAGGCCUGCCAAAGCUGGGGCAGACACGGUUGUGAGGGUCAGGAAACUCCAUGCAAGAUGCAGGCCAGGCAAAACCAUGAAGAGGAACAAGGCCAUCAGAGACGGGACAGGCAAACCCACGAAGAUGAGCAGACCCGUCAGAGACAAGAGAGGCAAACCCACGAAAAUGAGCAGACCCGUCAGAGACGAGAGAAGCAAACCCACGAAGAUGAGCAGACCCAUCAGAGACAAGACAGGCAAACACAUGAAGAGAAUCAAAACUAUCAGCAAAAAUGGGAUAGGCAAACCCUUGAGGAGGAAGAAAGGUAUCAAGGGUCCCAGGAUCAACAACCUUAUGGGAUCCAGCAAGGCCGUGCUAAUAGAGAAAAAUUCCACAGGAAUGAAAAUAGCCAGAGGCAAAAUUCCCAGGGAGGAUGCAGUAACCUGACCCUCCAUCCCACCCAGAGCAGUGGGAGGCCCUCAAGGGGAGAACAGGGUGGAAGUCACCCUAACAAGGUAGCUUCUGCUCCUAACGCCCUCUAUAACUAUGUACAAGAGCAGAAAAGGAAUCAGCGCUAG